ACGCCGCCAUGCGUGCCGGCGUUGCCGUACGCAUUCACCGGACCGCACCCGGAAGCGCUGAACGGGCCCGGACCGGAGCCGGGACCCCCCCUCCCCCCCCCCGGUAACCCCGGACCGGAGCCGGGACCCCCCCACCAGGACCCCCCGGUAACCCCGGGACUCCCCCGAUAACCCCGGAUCGGAGCCGGGACCACCCCGCAGGAUCCCCCGGGACCCCCCGGUAACCCCGGAUCAGGCCUGGACCAGGCCCGGGAGCCCCCCCCCGGUAACCCCGGGACCCCCCCAGGACUUCUCGAUAACUCCAGACCAGGCCCGGGAGCCCCCCCCCGGUAACCCCGGGACCCCCCCAGGACCUGUCGGUAACCCCAGACCAGGCCCGCGAUCCCCCCCCGGUAACGGAGGAUUCCCCCUGGACCCCCCCGUUAUCCUCCCGGUAUUCCGGGAAUUUUCAAUUUUGGGAUUUCACCCCAAAAUUCCCGGGAUUUUACACCCCCCGCAAACCCUUCAUCAUCCUCUCGGUAUUCCCGGGAUUUAAAUCCCAUUAUCCCCCCCAAAAAAUCCCGAAAAUUCCCGGGAUUUCCUCGGGAUUUAAGGCCCCAAAAUCUGCGGGAUUUUCUCUCGUUCUUCCCCACGGGAUUGCCCCAAAAUUCCCGGGAUUUCCUCGGGAUUUAAGCCCAAAAAUCCCCCCAUAUUCCUCCAAAUUUCCCGAAAAUUCCCGGAUUUUUUCUGGCAUUUAACCCCAAUAUUCCCUGGAUUUAACCCCCCGAAAUUCACGGAAUUUUUUUUCGGGAUUUAACCCCCCCCAAAAUUCCCGGAUUUUUUCUGGGAUUUACCUCCCCCGAAAAUUAUCAAAUUCCCGACAUUUCCUCAGGAUUUAAGGCCCAAAAUUCCUGGGAUUUAAUCCCUCCGAAAUUCCCAAAAAUUCCCAAAAUUCUGCCAGGGUUUAACCCCGAAAAUUCCCAGAUUUCCCCCCUUUGUUUCCCCCCAAAUUCCUUUGGUAUUUAACCCCUAUUUUUCCCAAUAUUCCCAGAAUUUCCUCGGGAAUUUUACCUUCAGUUCCCUCAGGAUUUAACUGCUUCAUCCCCACAUUUCUCCCCUGUAUUUUUCCCUCAUUUCUCCCAGUUUUUUCCCCCAAAUUUCCAAAAUUCCUUCAGGAUUUAACCUCUCAAUUCCCAGAUAUUUUCCCCGUAUUUUCUCUCCUAUUUUCCCCAUUUUUUUUCCUCAAUUUUUUUCCUCAUUUUCCCUCCUAUUUUCCUUUUUUUCCCUUUCCCCCAAUUUCCUCCCUAAUUUCCCUUUCCCCCCCAUUUCUUUCUCCAUUUCCCCAUUUUCCCUCUUAUUUUUCCCUUUUUUUUCCCAAUUUCCCCCCCAAUUUCCCCUCCUAGUUUCCCCAAUUUCCCCUCCUAGUUUCCCCCAUUCUUUUCUCCAUUUUUCCCUUUUUCCCCUCCACUUUCCCUCAUAUUUUCCCCAUUUUUCCCUCCAUUUCCUCUCAUAUUUUUCCCCAUUUUCCCUCCAUUUCUUCUCAUAUUUUGUCUAUUUUCCUCUGCAUUUCCUCUCAUAUUUUCCCCAUUUUUCCCUCCUCUUUCCCUCAUAUUUUCUCUAUUUUUCCCUCCAUUUCUUCUCAUAUUUUCCUCAUUUUUCCCUCCACUUUCCCUCAUAUUUUCCCCAUUAUUGCCCCCAUUUUCUCUCCUAUUUCCCCCAACUUUUCCCUCAGUUUUUCCCCCUCCGCCAUGGAAUCCCAGUGCGAUUACUCCAUGUACUUCCCGGCCGUUCCCUUCCCACCGCGGGAAUUCCUGGCGGGAGAAUCCUCGGGCUACCGCGCGCUGCCGCGCCGCAACCACCUGUACCUGGGCGAGACCGUGCGCUUCCUGCUGGUGCUGCGCAGGAACCCCGGGAAUGCCGAGAGGAACCCCGAGAGAACUCCCGGGAAUGCCGAGAGAACUCCCGGGAACAACGAGAGAAUUCCCGCCAACUCUGAGAGAGUUCCCGCCAGUUCUGAGAGAAUUCCCGCCAAUCCUGAGAGAAUUCCCGCCAAUCCUGAGAGAGUUCCCGCCAAUCCUGAGAGAAUUCCCGCCAAUCCCGACGGAACUCCCGCCAAUCCUGAAGGAACUCCCGCCCACUCCGGCAUGAACCCCGCCUACUCCGACAGUAACUCCGCCCACUCCAAUGCAAACUCCGCCCACUCCGGCGCAAACCCCGCCCACUCGGACACAAGCCCCGCCCAGCCCGGCGUGGCCAGCUCGCCCUGGGCCCAGCUGGCCUCGUCGCUGUCGGCGCUGGCCACGGUCACGAGCGGGGACAGCCGGGCGCGGGAGGAGGAGGAGGAGGAGGAGGAGGAGGAGCACGCCGGCAAUGCCGGGGAUUUCGGGAACGGCCCCGAGGAUUCCCGGGAGCCGCCGCUCUUCCGGGAGUGCCGCGCGCUGCUCACGCACUCCAGGGGCCCCCCGGGCUGCGCCGGGGCUGGGCUCCCCGUGGACGAUCCCAUCGUCUCCCAGGACGAGGUCAUUUUCCCCCUCACCGUGGCCCUGGACCGGCUCCCGCCCGGCACCGCCAAGGCCAAGAUCGUGGUGACCGUGUGGCAGCGGGACACGGAGCCCCCGGAGCUGCAGGAGGGGACAGGGCCAGGGCCAGGCCAGGUGACAAUGACAGGGACAGGGACAGGGCCAGGGGGGUACCUGAGGCUGCUCCAGGGCCGCGCCCCCGGCCAGGUGUUCCGGCAGCAGCACGGGGCCUUCAAGGCACAAGUGUCCACGCUGCUGACGGUGCUGCCACCCCCCCGUGUCCGCUGCCGCCAGGUGACCGUGUCCGGCAAGUACCUGACCGUGCUCAAAGUGCUGAAUGGCAGCUCGCAGGAGGAGCUGUCCCUGUGGGACGUGCAGGUGCUGCCCAAUUUCAACGCCAGUUACCUGCCCGUGAUGCCCGACGGCUCCGUGCUGCUCGUGGACGACGUCUGCCACCACUCCGGGGAGGUCCCCGUCGGGGCGUUCUGCCGCGUCCCCGGGUGCCACUCGGGGUGGCCGUGUCCCCUGAGCGCCCUGGAGGAGCAGAACUUCCUGUUCCAGCUGCAGGCGCCCGAGCGGCCGCCCCGCGACGCCAAGGAGGGCCUGGAGGUGCCGCUGGUGGCCGUGGUCCGGUGGUCGACGCCGAAGCUGCCCUUCACCAACAGCAUCGUCACCCACUACCGGCUGCCGAGCAUCCGGCUGGAGCGGCCGCGCUUCGUGAUGACGGCCACCUGCGAGUCGCCCGUGGUGGCCCUGCAGCGCUUCACGGUCACCUACACCCUGCUCAACGACCUGCAGGACUUCCUGGCCGUCAGGCUCGUCUGGACACCCGAGGCCACCGCCGGGAAGGCGCGGGGCUCGCUGGACUCCGUGGUUUGCCACACGCCGCUCACCAACCUGGGCUACUCCCGCAAGGGCAGCGCCCGCACCUUCCGCGUGGCCUUCCAGGCGCUGCGGGCCGGCCUCUUCGAGCUGUCGCAGCACAUGAAGCUGAAGCUGCAGUUCACGGCCAGCGUCAGCAGCGCCCCGCCCGAGGCGCGCCCCGUGUCCCGCAAGAGCAGCCCCAGCUCCCCGGCCGUGCGGGAACUGGUGGCCGGACUGGGCCGCUCCCAGUCCUUCUCCCACCAGCAGCCGGCCCGCAGCCACCUCAUGAGGUCUGGCAGCGUGAUGGAGCGCAGGGCCAUCACGCCCCCCGUGGGGUCCCCCGUGGGACGUCCCCUGUACCUGCCCGCGGGUGACAAAGCCGUGCUGGCCCUGGACAAGAUCGCCAAGAGGGAGUGCAAGGUGCUCGUGGUGCCACCCGUCAAGUGACAGCGGGGACAGCUGGGACAGGGUGGGGACAGAGAGGGGACAGCUGGGGACAGCUGGGG